CCACAAUCUCACUGACUAACCGACCUGCCUACCUUGUCUCUUGUGGUUACGGUUGUUCUCUUACCUACCUAAUCCUUCUUACUUUGAGCUACCUCACCUAUUUUUGCCUACCUCAGACUGGCCCUAUCUUACCUUGCAUUGCAUUGGCUUGAGGUACCCUGGGCUCUCUCUGAUCCUAGCACCGGUGGACGGCGAGCUCCAUUGAGUCUCGUGACACUCUCUCGCUGAACCCUUUGGGCUUCCCGUGCAUUUUAUAUCGCGCCAUUGCGAACGUUCAACUGUGCAGAGGUACUUGCUCUUCCCCUCCAACUUAGGACCCCAAGCCCCAGCUCUUCGAUUGCCACACACGCAACAUCUCCAUCCCUCUCAUUCCAUGUCAUACCUAAGCUAAACUACUUGAAAAUGGCAAGUCAAGACUCCAAGCCCGCCAGCAACAGCGGCCCUACACAAUGCGUCGGCCCUUUGUACCGCUCAGAGAGCCAGAAACCCACGGCAACCGUCUCCACUGAGGUCAACUCGGACAACGUUAUUGUCCUGCCCCAGACGCCUCAGCUCAUCGCCCUCCUCACCAUCAUUCGAGACAGAAAUACGGAGCGUGGUGACUUCAUCUUCUACUCCAACCGCAUCAUUCGCCUGCUCGUCGAGGAGGGUCUGAAUCACUUGCCUACCGUUGAGCAUGACGUGACUACGCCCAUAGGCCGGACCUAUUCUGGCCUCAUGUUUCAGGGGAAAAUCUGCGGUGUGUCCAUCAUGCGCGCUGGUGAGGCCAUGGAGCAAGGAUUGCGGGACUGCUGCCGCUCUGUGAGGAUUGGCAAAAUCCUGAUCCAGCGUGACGAGGAAACGGCUCAGCCUAAGCUCUUCUACGACAAGCUGCCCGAGGAUAUUGCCCAGCGCUGGGUGCUCCUCUUGGAUCCGAUGUUUGCCACCGGUGGCUCAGCCAUCAUGGCCGUGCAGGUUCUCAAGGCCAGGGGUGUUCCCGAGGACCGUAUUCUGUUUUUGAAUCUCAUCGCCAGCCCCGAGGGUAUCCAGAACUUCACUGCCAAGUUCCCCAAGCUCAGGGUUGUCACGGCAUUUGUUGACCAGGGCUUGGACGAGAAGAACUACAUCAUCCCCGGCCUCGGCGAUUUCGGCGACAGGUUUUACACCGUCUAAUGGACGCCGGCUGCCCAGGGACCGUUGGUUGUAUGCGCCUGGGACUCGGAUAUUCUCGAUGCUCAGUUUGUUCGAUUUCCCCGCGCUGCUGCCACUACCCGUCCACGACCCGGGCCUCCAACCCCGCCUCAUAACCGAUUCAUGAUGUCUGCCAAAAGGGGUGUUUGGUCAUCUGGUCAUCUAGUAUUCGUCAUCGUCCACAUCGAUGCCCUCGCCUCCGUAUCUCCGGUCGUCUUCGUCGUCGUCGUUCACUGGUCGGCUGGGUGGUGCGCGACGGGCGUUGGAGAUUUUGUUCUGGCUUCCACCGGUGGGCCCUGCUUCUUUUGCAACGGCGUCUUCACUAGGUCAGCUCUAUGCGACAUGAUGGCCUCGGUGCGGAUGUCCUCUGGAGAAUAGGACUCACCUGCUGCAUCUACCCACUCGCCAUACACGUCUACAGCAGCCGAGAGAUCUAGAUGAUUUAGCAUAACGCGACAAAGUGCAAUAGAAAGUGUGAGGGCUCACAGUUAAUGCUGCACUGGAACAUUUGGCCGCACACUCUGCAGUCCAGCGAACCGACACCCGCUUUC